UGUCUCCUCUGUCUUAUCGCCUCGUGCUCUGAAAAGCACCAUAGAUGAGAGUGAGCUCCUCCCACUUGUCUCUCUGGAAAAGAAUCUGGCCUUGGAGGACCAAUUUUAACGUACGAAAGGACGUUCUGUGAUUGAACAAAUUAUAUUUGCAAGUGCCGUGAAGGCAGGCUGCAUCAAAAGGAGUUUCAGGACCAGGAGCAGACAUUUAUCGCAGAAUUCACCGCCUAGCAGAGAAACGCACAUCCGCAUUCACACACAUGUGCGGUGUUUGCCCGUCGCCUCGGGCCAAGCGCCAUGCCUGGCCGGGACGGAGGUGCUGGCGGAAGCAGCGGGACAGGAGCGGGCACUAACGCGGGUGAAGAGGCCGGUGUUGGGGGAGGCGUCGUAACAGGGGGACCGGGCGGCGCCGGGUCUGCAAAUAUAGCGGGAAGCGCAAGUAUGGGAGGCGGUGGGGUGCUGGGGAACGGAAACAGCUGCGGGGGCCCGGGGUCGGGCCCCGACCUGGAAGACGUCUGCAGAGACUUUCUGCGCAACGUGUGCAAGCGGGGAAAGCGCUGCCGCUUUCGGCACCUGGACUUCAGCGAGGUGCCGGACCUCGGCGCGCAGAAGAACGAGUUCGUCUUCUGCCACGACCACCAGAACAAGGAGUGCACGCGCCCGAACUGCCGCUUCGUGCACGGGUCCAAGGAGGACGAGGACUACUACAAGCAGACGGGCGAGCUUCCGCCGAGGCUGCGCAGCAGGGUGGCCGCGGGCCUGGGCCUGUCGCCCACGGAGCUGCCCUACAGCCGGGGCGAGGUGCCCCUCUGCAGGGACUUCCUGAAGGGCGAGUGCCAGCGCGGAAACAAGUGUAAGUUCCGGCACGUUCAGAAGGACCGGGACUACGACCCCGGGAGGGUGGGGGCGGGGGGGGGCAUGGGGGUGGGUAUGGCGAGCGCGGGGGGUGUGGGAGGGGUAGGAGGAGGGGGCGGCCCCGGGGUGGGAAUGUCGGGUUUCGUAGGGGGUGUAGGGGGCGGUAAUUUGAUGGGGAUGGGAUGCCAGAGCUUGGGCAGCUACAGGGAUCAGGGUGUGUCGGUGGGCGGGGUAGGGGUGGGGGGGAUGGGAGGCUGCUUCCCCAUGGGGCCGCCCGGGCCCCGGCGCUUCGACCGAGGCCCCUGCUCGCCGUACGACCCGGGGUUCGAGGGCGGGGCCUACGAAGGCGGGCCCCUGGAGGCCCCCAUGGACCCCGCCGCCCUGCAGCUGAAGAGGCGCCGGAUGGACGGGAUGCGAUUGGCUGACGGAGGCGGGGCCCCCUACGACCUGGGGAUGCAGGCCGCGCCCGUGCCACGCCCGGUGGACUACAGGCUGCUGGAGGAGGAGAACGCCCUGCUGAGGAAGCGGGUGGACGAGCUGAAGAAGCAGGUCUCAAACCUCAUCGCCACCAACGAGGUCCUGCUGGAGCAGAACGCCCAGUUCCGCAGCCAGGCCAAAGUGAUGUCGCUGUCCUCGUCCCCCGCCCCCUCCGAGCAGAGUCUGGCGCCCCCAGUGGGGCCCGUCAGCUCCUACAACCACAGCAUCGCUCAGACGCACACCACGCUGAGCAGCGCGGGCCUGCAGCCCCGCCCCGUCGCCCAGCAGGACCCCGGGGCGCCCCCGGCCAACGCCGCCCCGCCCGCUGCCCCCCCGCCCCACCUCAACCCCGAGAUCGCCCCGCUCUCCGCCGCCGCCCUGGCCCAGACCAUCGCCCAGGGCAUGGCGCCGCCCCCCGUCUCCAUGGCGCCCGUGGCGGUUUCCGUGGCGCCCGUGGCCGUGUCCAUGGCGCAGCCCCUGCCGGGGAUCACCAUGAGCCACGCCACCUCCCCCAUGGUGUCGUACCCGAUCGCCAGCCAGAGCAUGCGGAUCACCGCCCUGCCGCACUGACGGGGGGUGGGGGAGACGCUCCCACCCCUGCUGUGCCCUACUGCUCUGAGGACUGCCCCGCACCACCCCCCCAACAACUGAGGGUCACUGCCAUGUAAAUC